AUGGAGCAACAAGGAUCCCAGACAGAAACCAUCUGCAUUACGGAAGAAAAUCUACUUCCAUUGGUUGAGAAACACUUUCAAGAUGUCACAGCUGCCCAGUGGGCUAUGCUGGCCUCUGGAGAAAUGGACCCUGAGGUAGAAGUCAUUAUUACAAGGCUUUUGACUGAUAUUGUUCAGACUGUUUCAACAGUUUUGUUGAAAAUCUUCCUGCCAAAGAUGCAAGAAAUGUCCACAGAAAGCGAAGAGCAAGCUGUACCAACUAUAAAAGCCAACCUCGGAGACUCUUUAUGCAAAAGUUUCUGCAGCUUUUUUAAUGCAGAACAGGAGACCCUCAGUGAAGCCAAACUGCUUACUAAACUGGCAGAAGAAGAAAUUGAAGAAAAGGUCCACUCUUAUCUAUCCGAGGCAGCCAACCAGCAGAGUCUGCCAUCAAAGCCAGCCAUUUUCGUCAACAGUGUCUCAUCAAACAUCAGACGCCUGGGAGAAAUGGUAUUUCAGACAACCAAUUAUGUGAAAGAGUGCUUGUCUUCGCUGCCCAAAUGUGGCAAACUGUGUGUCAAAGUCAGUGAUGAACUCUCUGAGUUAUCCACCUGCGUAAAAUCCCCAGAGUCAGUUAAAUCAUUAAGUGAGAGCAUAUGUGACAUCAUCACUAAAUGGUCCAACCCACAGUCACCAAAAACCAGCCAAGAUGGUGGUCAAGUUUCACCCCCCAGCCCCACUCGAUCGGCACAAAGUGCAGCAGGUGAAAUAAUGAACAUCAUCCUGGAUAAUUUAAAGAUUUCAGAAGACGAACAACCUGCUGGAUCCAGUCAGACCGGAGCUCGGCAGGCGUCUCAUUUUGACAUGACCCUGAUCGUGGAUAAAAUGAGGGAGUUCAUCGCACCUUCAGAACCCCUCAACGAAAGUGAGCCAAAGAAAAUAACCAUUUCCAAAUUUGCACAAAGAUACUUCAAUAAAAUGAAGGAAGAUCUGAAGAAGGUCUCCGUCUCGCCUACUCUCUGGGUCAGUGUUAUAUGGUGCUCUUGGAGUAUGUCGGCCUUCCUGCAAAUCCCUAUCCCCCUCAACUCCCACACCUGCACCUUCCUAUUCCUCCUCUUCUACCUGCUCCUCCACCUCAUCCAACCCCCCAACAUGUCCCUUUGCUGUCCAGGACUUUACUACCCUGCGAAUGAACUCCAAGAGGGUUUUACAUCUCCCCUGGCUUCUGGCUCGGUACAGGACAUAGGUUGUCACCAUCUUCACCAACCGUUUGUCCUGCCACGCUACUACCAUCACCCUCUCAUUGUGUCGCACAACUUUUCCCCCCAUCCUCAGGCCGGGCACAAGAAGUUGUUAUUCACAAUACGAGAGUGGAACUUGUUGAAGGAGAUUGUGGACAUCUUGAAACCGUUUGAAGAAGCAACUGAUUUGACACAAGGUGAGAAAAUAGUCACGAUCGGUGCUGUUGUUCGAUCGGUGCUGUCCCUCAAUCACCACCUUGAGAAACUGAAGCCGCAAGUCCGUUUUCUGAAUGGUCCGGUCAGCAGUCUCCAGGCAUCUUUGAACAAAAGAUUUCUUGGAAUUUUUAUCAGUGUGCAAAUGGCGAGAGCAGAAGAAGGGAUCACUGCACCCUUUUCAGAUCCAGUGUACCUCAAAGCAGCUGCUUUGGAUCCAGCGUUUUCUCUGUUGUUGGUGGAACACCAUGUGUUGGGCAGUCAGGACAUGAAGACAGAAGUGACACAAAAAGUUAAAGAUCUGAUCCUGGAAAAUGCUGCAGAUCCUACAAAGUUGGAGCAACACGUGACUCCUGGUGAUAAAGAUCAAAAGGACUGUGAAGAUGGAGGACUGUUUGCUGCUUAUUGUAAGAGGCAGAAGAAGGAUGUCCAGACAAGUCCAGCACUACAGCUAAAAGAUGCUGUUGGGAAAUUCGUCCAGCAAAUUCUUCUGCAAAUGAUCAAAGAAAAAUCAGAGCAAGCAGUUGACAAUGAAAAUGCAGCAGGCGCUCUUCAAGACAUCGAAAACCUUCUCACAGUAGGAAUUCCACCACCAGAAGAUACAAAGGCUGAAUCGGAGUCCUCUCAAGACUCAGCGCCGCCCUCACACUCAAGUCAUUUGUCACAACCUGGGGAACAACGUGAGGAUGAUAUUGUUAAUGAAAAUGAGGAUGAGAACGAACCUGCACAGGUUGAUGAGAAGCAUGAGGAUGAUCAAGUUACUGAAGAGUCAUCCUACGAAGAAGACGACGAACCACCCCAAGCAGCACCUAAGUUGACUGAACACUCUUUUGAGACUCUGACAAACAGCUUCACCUUGGCGCUGCUUCUGAGGCUUUUAUCAAAGUCCAAAUCAGAGAACAUCGACUUUAAUGAUGACACAGCGGAAAUCCAGAAAAGGCUGUUAUUCUUGGUGUGCCCUACAACUGAUUCAGUGGACUGUGAACAAAUGCUGAUGGAAGACAACCUAAAAGACAUCAUCGAGGUCGUCGGAGAAAAUUUCAAAAGCUUUGGCUCAGUGCACAAACUCCUGAACGCAGCCAUGGCAACGGAUGGCACAGAUUUUGAUGUGCUCAUCUCAUCUCUGAAACACAAGUUAAAUGCCUAUGUGGCCUUAUUGAUCUCCUCGGUUCUGGUGCUUCCCCAAGCUGGGCUGGCCUGGGGGCCAACGGAGUUCCCGGGGCUGCCGGUUGGGCCAAUGGCGUGCCCGGUGCAUCCAGUCGGGCCAGCGGAGUGCCCGCAGCUGCUGGCUCUUCAGCAAAUACAGCAGUGCCAACUGGGACGUUCCACACCAAACUGGCCCCCGGUGGGACAACCCCCCAGGUCCACGCCCAUGAGCGCGCCCGUGGGGGCUCGCAUUACCAAGUCCAGUCCGAUGAGCGUGCCCGUGGGGGCUCACCUUUCCAGGUCCACGCCAAUGAGCGAGCCCGUGGGGGCUCGCAUUACCACCACGCCUGCCCCUACAGAACCUCACCUGUUGGUUUCCUUCCAUCCCUGA